AUGGUCGGAGUUCCGAAAAGCAAUGCGUGUCGGACAUGUUUGCGGAGGCGGGUCAAGUGCGACCUGACCCAACCAUUCUGUAAUCAAUGCACCAAGCGGAAUCUCGACUGCCCCGGCUACGAAAAGCGGUGGAAAUUCAUGCACCAAACCAAAGGCUCGAUCCAAAAAGACCAGCAACGAAACACCCGGAGCCAGCUCCAACCCCACACAGAAGCUGCCCUGGUCCAAGCGCGCCAAAGCAUCGACGAACGGGUGGAGCCGAACCUAGCGGCCGCAGCUCUAGACCUGCAACAGAAGGAGGUCUUUUGCACGUUCCUACUAACCAGUUUCCCCGCCCAGUUCGCCUCCUGUGGGAAACGCGUUGAGGUCAACUGGAUCGAUUAUGCGAGACGUCCGCUUCUCACUGCACCCCAGGCGCUGGUCUGGGCGUACCGCGCGCUGGCGACUGUUUUCAUUGGCCGGAAGUAUCAUGAUAUGGAGAAGGUUACUUGCAGUCGACAUAUGUAUAGCCGGGCUUUGAACUAUUUGGCUGGAGUGAUUCAGCAUCCAAAGUUCGCUACUACGGAGGAGGCUCUUGCCUCUGGUAUCCUGUUGACUAUGUAUGAGAUGGUGGACGGGAUUACGGGGGCGUCAUGGCUGACGCAUACGCGCGGACUGGCGACGAUGAUCCAGAUGCGUGGACAAGACGUCCACCGGUCCGGGUUUGGAUUAACCUUGUUGAAAUCCUGUCGGGCCUUUUUGGUCGCCGACUCUUUGAUCCGUGGGGAACACUGCUUCCUCGGCGAGCCACAAUGGAGGGCGUUUCUCAGCGAGUUGGCCGAUAUCGAAAGCCAGAGCCCAAAACGAAGCGAGCUCGGACUCAUCGUCGAUCGAGCAUUUAUAGAGAUCGCCUCCUGUCCCGGAUGGCUAGUCGAAACACAGAAGAUGAUCAAAAUUGACAACCCCAAUGAAAAGUCACGUGUACUGCGUGAGCUUGAGUUCAGCCAUUUUCGUCUGAAUAAGCUCCAAAAGGAGCUCCAACGUGCGCUCGCUCAUCAACGCCAAGCCCCAGUUUUAACCUGGCAGAGAUUCGUCGGUCCCAUACCCUGGGACUUUGUAGAUCCAUUCGCGCAGUCCUCGCUGUAUGGCAUGCGAUUGGGUAUGUCACUAUUAUCUCAAUUGCAUACCGUACUUCGCUCGGACCUCCUUCGGCGGUACUAUCUCACAAAGCCGUGGGACAAUCCUGAGACGCCUGGCUUGCCAUCGCCGAACCCGUGGAGUGCCUUGAAUGGGAAUGUGCAGGAAUGGCAGGUUCGGUUUGAUCCGGAGUAUCUGAGGGAUUCGUAUCAGAUUCAUCCCAGUGGGAAUGAGGAUUGGAUGGAUCGUAUUGCGAUGUCGAUGGGGAUGUUGGGGAUUCGGGCGUGA